GCAGCAUAAUCAACCGCAAGCCGGAAGUUUUUUCUUUUUUCUUUUCUAUAAUCAGCAAUUGCUUUCGCUUUUUCAACGCUUGAUUUGCGGUCUUAAAAUUGAGAUAGUUCCUUCACUGACACCAAUGUUGUUGUAAUAGCCUGUGAAAAUGACGCUUUAUGGGGGAUUUCUGGCGUUAAUAUGCGUGCCGCUGUCGGCCGCGUUGACAAGUUUGACGUCCGCUCCAUUGAACUGCUCACAGCAGGGCUUGAGGUGCGGCGUCAGUUUCAGUAACUGCCUCGUAGAUAGCGGAUGGCUGAAAGUGAGGGAGUACACUCCGAGUGGGCCACUGGGGCUGACGGUGUCUGUGACGACAGUCCAGGAUGAGGCGGGACAUCUGCAGCCUGUCCUGGUUGCCAACUGGACCAUAAGGGAUGAUGGCAGCAUCAGGUACCUGAAAGCCACUGAACUUCAUGUUAUGAAGAUGGCCACCAAUGAGCACCUGUGUGUCAGAUAUUCCUUUAAAAACAAACUCCCAAUGAGGAAUCCACAUGACGACAAGUGGUCGUUCUCAGCAAAUAUGGUGGUGUUGGACCCCGAACACAGGUAUCGGGUUUCUGUCUUCAAUAUCCCCAAACCAGAAGUGGGCCACAGUGGCUAUGACAUCAGCGAGAAUGUUGUUGUUCCAGGUUGUCAAGACUCCGGGAUGUUGAUGACCCAGUUUUGCAUCGAGAGAGGAAGUCUUUGGAAGUCCAAUAUCAGCCUGGUUCUGACAGCCAAACAAAGACAGGCACUGACAGUCAGCUUCAGUCCUGACCCGCUAUGUGAAGAGUACAUGGUUAUUGUUAACUGUGCCUCUAUCCAACACAUUGACCAUGCGCCCAAGGUCAACCAGACACGCCUGAAUGUAACGUUUAGCCUCAAUCAAUGGCCCAGAUUUUGCUGCCAGUUUGACGUCUCGAUAAAACCGAUGUUUCCAAAAUGUGGCCAAGACUGCACGCGUCACAAGAAAACGCUGCACAUUUGUCCAGCCAAGCCCACUGAUCCUCCAGAUGCUCCUCAAUACACACCUGUUAUUGCGUGCGUGGUGCUCCUAUGUGCUGGGAUGUUUGCCAUUUUUAUGUACAUGCUGUGCAGGAAGCCAGGCAACGCUGGUGGUGGCUUGGCUGCCGUGGGAGAUGAGAAACCAAAACAGCAGCAGCAAAUUCAACAGACCCCAAAAGUUCUCAUAAUCUACUCUCAAGACCACCGUCUUUACAGGGACAUAGUGUUGAAGCUCUGCGCCUUCCUCCAGGCAAAAUGCGGCACCGAAGUGCUUAUAGACCUGCUCGACACCACCUCGCUGGGCAUGGUCGGGCGCCUCUGCUGGCUGGAGUGGCAGCGGCGACAGCUGAAAAAUCCCACCGACAAGGUCUUGGUGCUCUGCUCACGAGGGGUUCAGGCCAAGUGGCGAGCCAUGUGCGGCCACCGCCGCGUAAUACUGAAAGAAGACCUACUGUCGCCGACCGACGACAUGCUCACCCCCUUUCUGAACCUCUUCCUUCCUGACAUGCACCAAGCGCGCAAGCAUGGCAAGUACAUGGUGGCUUACUUCAGCGACAUCAGCAGCGAACGGGACGUGCCGUCAGUUUUUGACAUUGCUGUGAAAUACACGUUGAUGAAGCACUUUGAGGAGCUGUACUUCGGGCUCCUGGACAUAGAGAAGUACCAGCCGGGUCAGGUCAACCACAUCGAGGGCAUCGGCGGGGAUGAAUACUUCAACUGUCCCUCGGGUCAAGCCCUGAAGAACGCCAUUGAGAUCUUCCAGGGAUACCAGAGAGAAAACCCUGACUGGUUCGAGAAGGAAUGUGUGCAUAGCGAGGAAGACCUCCUGGUUGAGGCCAAUCCGCUCAUUGACCAGCAGCAGGGCUCACCGGUUCUCGAGUGUCUUCCUCUCACUAGAGAUGGACUUCCUGUCUAUAGGUGCGAGGCAGAAAUAAGAGAGAACGGAAGCAGAUUUCAAGUCUUAACCCCGGAACUGAACCCAAAAAGCCAGCAGUCGUCAGUGGCAGAACUUGUACCUCUUGUGGACCCUGCGUACAGGGACCAGCAACAGACAGUCCCGCCUCACCCGUGUCCUCAAAACAGUCCUCCAUCUGUUUUCGUAGCUCAGCCUGUUUUGUCAGGACAGCACUGUCCAUCGGCUGAGGGGAGGCACAUAAGUCACGUUUCAGAGGAGGAUGAGGAAGUGUGGCCAAGCGGCUCCACAGUCCUGAACUCCAAGGAAUCAAACUCACGAGAGUUAGCUCGUCCAAGCAUGGAGAGUCCCCCUCAGAACCAAAUCAGACAGCCUGUGGAGAUGCAUGAGGAUGAGCCCAGUGCAGAGGCUUCGAACAGUGGAUCUGAUCCGGGCUACAUCUCCAAAAUGCCAUCCCCGCUUGGAACUCCCUACAAGGAGGAUCCGCUGGUGGCUCUGGCAAGGCUACAGGAGGAACUGUUUCUGCAAACUCUGGAUAGCUCGGAGUUUGACCUCUAGAGAAAAUUGGGGUGAUUUCACACCUGGAAUUCACUUUCUCUGGUCCGACGGGUUAGUAACCUCCUGCCCAUCUGUUUUCCUCCUGGUUCGGUUUCUGGAGAGAGUACGAAAAGUGGCUCCAUCUCCAAAAUGUCUCUGGCGAAGCUACAGGAACAACUGUUUCUGCAAAAUCAGGAUAGUUUUGUCCGUAGGGAUUUUGAAGGUGAUUUCACACCGACAAUUCACCUUUUCUGGUCUCAUGGGUUUGUAAAACCUUUAUCCUACCAUUUCCUCCCACCGGUUCCUUUUUUUCUGUGGAUCUGAUCCAAGGCUAUUUCACCAAAAUAUCUUACAAGGGAGGAUCAACUAGUGGCUCUGACAAGGCUCCAGGUGGAACUGUUUCUGCAAAACUUGCGUAGCGACAGCAUGAGCUUGCUACGUGGAGGCAUUUUGCUCCAUUCGACACACAAACUUUGGUUCAACGGUAAAUAGUCCCAAGGACCCUGUGCAAAAAUGGAACAAAGUUGUCAAUUUUGUACAAAAGCCUACUUGGCAAUUUGCCCAAAUGCCAUUCGGAACGGAGUUUCCUUGACAAAUGGUCGAUGCUAAAUUGUGAAACAUUUUUGCCUGUGCUAUGUGAUAUGGGUGGGGUAUGGCCUCAAAGUUUGAUGAUCAUUGGGAGGGUUCGCCAGGGCCUGUUUUGUGCUUGAAUUUAAUGUAGAGUUGCCUUUAACUUUGUGCUCAUGUUUCUAUUGCAUACAUGGAUAAGGAUGGUCUUGAUCUUGCUAUUGGCAGGAAACUAAAAAUAUAGCAUUUAUUGAAGUUUUCAAUCUGUGUUGCACUUGCAGUUUUUGGAAUCAAAUACACUUUUGUAGAGUUUCAUAAUGUUGCACUCGUGACAAAAUGUGGCACUUUAUUUUUUUAACGAAAUUUGCAGUAUAUCAUGUUUUUUACUUUUAAAUCUGUUCUACUGUCAUUUUAACCUACAAACAAGUCAGUGAUACCUUUCAAAUAAAAGUGAAUUUAUUUGACCUUGA